AGCUGCAGCGCGAGUGUUUUGAUAGUAAACAACACGUGCGUUUCACAAGCUUAGCGAGAGUUUUGGAGUAAAACCGAGAAUUUAGUUGUAAAGUUACCUAAAACGUUAUAAACAUGGAGGACAAAUUAGUGAACUUGUUUAACUAUCUAAGCAAUGAAGAUUAUCCAGCAGAUUCAGGGUUUCCAAAAUUAAUCAAGGAAGCAGCAUGGAACGAAUGCUUCCAGCAUGACAUUUUCCAACGGUUUAUAGCUGGUGAAACUCUAAAUGAACGCGACGAUAUACUUCACGUGGCAAUUGCUGGUCUGCUCGCCUUUUUGCAGAAUAAUUUCCUUGGUCCAACCGUAAUGCUUACCGAAAGCUUGAAAUUCCCAGACGAUCUAAACAUAAGGAACCUACUGAAAACGGAUGGUGAAGAGCUGAAUCCCAACACCGUAGCUCCAGAACUGCUCUACGUGUGUAAACUCGCAUUUGAACAACUUAUACCAACCGAAGACGAUGUAUCGCAUGCGAAUUUCAUCGAACGAUUAUGGUACCUCCGUUACCUGGUAGUGUACCAACGCUGUUUGGACGAUCUUGUCCAUAGUCUCUAUUCCAAAUUCGACCAAAAUGUCACUUAUCUUACCACUUCCAUGGAAGAUGUAGACAAUCUAGGUUUGAAAGUGCAGAUCCACACGGAAAUCCUGCAAGGAUACGUCCUAUUCAAACGUAUCACCAAAUCGGAACGUUGGAUGACUGCACUCCAGGAAGUUUCCGGCGUGGAAAUAACCAUCGAAGGCGUUCUAGGAAUACGGACCAAGCACCAGCAAAAUCCCUUGCCGCAACUUACCGUGAGAGCGAAAGGACUGGAAACGAUCAACUUGCCCAGCUCGCAGGCCACACAUGGUCAGGUCGCUCUACCGACGAUACUGAAAUUGGACGAUGACGUACGACUGGAAAAGAUUCAGUUCCUGAGCGAACAGGAAAACGUGGAUGCCCAACUGCCGAGCUUGAUUCAGGAGAUUGUUCUAUCGAAGAUUCUUUACUUGAAAUACUCGCAGCCGAAGGACAAGCUAGCCGACGAGGAGCUUAAACCGUACAUUACAUCGUUGCUCUACCAGGCGCAUGGCCCGUGGGCCACCCGACUUGCCGCAUUAUAUCUCAACAUUCAGAUGGAGGCAACGCACAAGCGAACUGUCGACCGAUCCCUGAAGCAGUGCGAAGAGCUUGUCCAUCUCAUGGAUUCUGCUACUGUUCCUGUUUCGCAUCGACUAUCUUACGCAUUCUGUUCCGCUCUCAUUCCCCGCUGGCAAAUCAAGGCCAAACUGGGAGAUCUGAUGGUUAGCUUGGGUAUGAUCAAAGGAGCCCUGGAUUUGUAUCUGGAGCUUCAGCUUUGGGAAGACGUCAUCGCCUGCUACAAUCACCUGGAGUUGCGGCACAAAGCCGCCGAGAUAAUUCGGCAGGAAAUUGAAAAACAACCUACCGUGACUCUGUACUGUUUGUUGGGAGAUGCUACUGAUGACGUUGAAUGCUUUCAAAAAGCUUGGGAACUUUCCGGAGAGAACAGUGCCAGAGCACAAAGACACUGGGGCAACUAUCACUUUGCCAGAAAGCAGUAUCAGGAGGCAAUUUCGCAUUUGAAGAAAUCAGUUGAGAUCAAUUGCCUCCAGGAAACGACUCUGCUUCGACUUGGCUACGCCGCCCUUCAGCUGGAACAGUGGGAAGAAGCAGCCAAAGCGUACCGACUCUACACUAAUCUCGAAGCGCAUGGCUUCGAAUCGUGGAACAAUCUGUCGAUGGCUUACAUCAAACUGGGUGACAAAAAGCGAGCUCACAAAGUUCUGCAGGAAGCCCUCAAGUGCAACUUUAACAACUGGAAGGUGUGGGACAAUUUCCUGGCCGUUAGCAUCGAUACGAAAAACUACGAAGACGCAUUGAAUGCUUACGAACGAUUGAUUGAGCUAAAAGACAAAUUCUACGAUCAAGAGGUACUGGAAAUCCUUACCAAAGUCAUCUCGGAAGGUGCUCCUGAUGCUAACAGCAAUUCAUCUCACCGUCUGGCGAAAAAGCUUCUCAAAAUCCUAGGACACGCCUCCGCUAAAACGCCCAACAAUGGUCUGCUUUUCGAACUGUCCUCCCAACUAGAAAUGGAAGACCCCCUAAAGAAAGCCCAAAAACUGCAAAACGCCUACCGAGGCUACACCCAAACAAACAGCCAGUGGGCCAAAACUCCGGACUGCUGCGAAAAGAUCCUCAAACUGUGCAUCACCCUGUGCGAAAGUAGUCUCCAGGCAUUCGUCGACGCCAAAGCAGAUGCCGGAAAGCUGCCUUCGGUAAAAUCGCAACUCGCGUCGGCUCGUCUGACCGGCCAGGGAUGCCUUCGGGCGGCUAGCAACGAAAACUGGGAACAGAACGUGGCCCUUGUCGAAGCGCUAUCGGAAAUUGUACAAAAACUGACGACCGAGCUGACGAACGCAAUGAAUCAAUAAACCUGUCUUGAUCCUACCUAGUAGAAAGAA